AUGUUUGCUUGUCCAUAUCAUCAAUAUGAUAAAACUUUCUCUCGACGAACUGCUCUUCGUGAGCAUACAAAAUCACAUAAAGGUCAAGCAUAUUGGAAAAUUUUAAAUAAUAUUUCAGAAACAUCUCAUGAUGAGAAUUUGGAAAACAUAAUUAAACAUUCUAAAGAUGAUACAAUUAUGUAUAACAAUAAUGAAAAUGAUGAUAAUAUUCAAGAACUUGAACAAAUUGAAGAGAUGGAAAUAAUUCUAGAAGACAGUGAUGCUGAUUCAGAUAGUAAUGACAAUAAUGUAAAUAAUUUGUUAGAAUCUAUAGAAUCCAUAUCUGAUGCUGAAAUUGAAAAUGUUGAUUUUGAUCACAUUCCUAAUUAUACCUUAUAUAUUCCUGAGCGAAUUGAGCAAAUAACUUUGAUAGAUACAAGAUCUACUUCAAAUCAGAACUUUCCAUCCUUUUCAGAUGCUGCUUAUACUGAAUUUAUAGAACUUAUAUCAAAAUAUCAUUUAUCUGAUUCAGCUGAAAAUGCUGUUUUGAAGUGGUUCAAUAAGCAUCAUCUUCGAGAAGAUGUAAUCUUACCAAAAAAUACAACACAAGGACUAUCGAAGGCAGCUUUACAUUAA